UAUAUAACCGCACCCUCACUGCGUCCUUCGGCAUCUCUCAAUCUUCUCCUCCAGAAGAAUUGGACGAAAUCAAGAUUCCCAAUGUCGUCCCAUUCCGGCAAACUGGAGUUGGCCAACCAUUUUUCGGCCCUUGCCGAUGACGACAACGACGAUCCUUCCCAUCUGAUCGCCUCCCAGCUGCAGAAGCUUUCCGUCAAGAAGCCCGCCCCCGCCGCCACGGUUUCGUCGGCCGGACCGCCGUCGGAUCUCCCUCCUCCCUCGCCAGCAGCGAGGGAGCUAAAGAAUGACAUUGCAGCGCCGGCGGGAGGUGGAGGCGGCCGAGGAGGCGGAUUCGGCCGGAAUAGGUAUUUUGGGAACGGGAAUAACAAAGGAAGGGGUUUUGAGCGUAGAAGUGGAUUUGGCCGGGGACGUGGGAGGUGGGGAACUGGGACUGAUGAUUUGGCUGCACAGGAAGCUGAGAAAGGCGGGAACUUGCAUGAGAAAGCGAUUAGUUCUGAACAGGGACAGGAAGUUAAUGGAAGCAGGGAGAAAGGAGAAGGAUCAAAUGAAGCGGAAAGGAAAGAACCAGAAGAUAAGGAGAUGACGCUGGAAGAAUAUGAGAAGGUGAGGGAGGAGAAAAGAAAAGCCCUGCUUUCCAUGAAGGUGGAAGAGAGGAAAGUUGAAUUGGAUGAGGACUUGAAGGAAAUGCAGCAGCUUUCGACCAAGAAAGGAAAUGACGAAGUUUUUAUCAAGCUGGGUUCUGAUAAGGAGUUUUCUAAAAGGAAGGAGAAUGCUGAGAAGGAAGAACGUGGUAGAAAGGCAAUGCAUAUUGAUGAAUUCUUAAAACCAACUGAAGGAGAUAGACGCAAUGGGCUGGGCCGUGGGAGGGGCCGUGGGAGGGGCCGUGGAUCAUUCAAAGGGGGCAAUAAUACUACUAAUCUCUCGGACUGCCGAGCGGCCCAAGCCCCACUUGCUAUUGAAGAUACAGAGCAGUUUCCGGCUCUUGGUGGGAAAUAAACUUUUAUUUAUAUAUGGGCUUUUUUGUACAUAUGGUGGUGGAUAGGGUCUGGUCUUACUUUAUAACUGUAGUGGCUUUUGAUGAUAUUUCGCUUUAGUGCAUAGUCUAAAUAUGCUUGGAUAUUAGGUUUGCUUUUCUAAUUUUCUUUUUAUUAGAGGGCUUCAUUGUAAUUGUUUAGAAGAUACAGUUUGUUUGUUUGUCGGUCAUUGCUAGUGUUCUUGUAUUGUUUGCAAUUCUCUUAAGGUGUCUUUACA